CCGAGCCCCGCCCCCGGCUUCCCGGCCCCGCCCCGCCUCCAGGUCUCUGGAAGGAUCUAGGGCAAGCCGCUAGAAGUCGCCUCCGAGCCCCGUAGAGAUGGAACAGCUGAAGGACGGGGCUGAGCCCCAAAGGAACAACCUGUCCCUGCCAUCACCUGGAGCUGAGCCGUGGCCCUCCGCACCUACCCCAGCCCUGCCAGCCUCGCUCCUGAGUGCCCCAGACCCUGCCCACCUGGGGCUCCCUGAGAGCCUGGCCUCUGUUACUGUGCCCAUCCGGCUGGACACCCUCUCCUGCCUCCUGCACAGCGCCCUGCUCGGGGCUUACACCCUCCAGCAGUCCCUGCCCUCCUGCCCCUGCUGCCCCCAGGCGUGCCACACCCAGCCGGGCACAGCCAGGAGGCCUCCCAGGGGACGCGGGGGGUGGGAAGGCCGACCUAGGCCAGGCUGGGGCCAGAGACAGCAGCGACGGGGGCCUGGGAGAGCUGAGCAGGCAGAGAGCGACUGGGCAGGGGGCCCUGGGGCUGGCCCCGAGACCCCACCCAGAAUGCCGCCGACACUGCCUGCCCAGGGUGGGAAGAAGGAAGCCCGAGGUGGGGAAUCACCCCUGGGCACUCCACCUGCUGCCGAGGACUGGGAGACAGAGUACUAGGGUGCUGGAGGGUCCAGCGCCCGGGACCCAGGUCCCCCAGGGGAUUUUCCUGGAGCCCAGAGUGACGUUAGCCCUGUCUGAGGUACCCCAAGAAACAUCCUGUUCCCAUUCUCCCCCGCCCCCCGAACCAUGGCCUCAGAAGUAAGUCCUUCAACUCACCUGAUGAGCCUCGACCUAAGUCGCCUGACUCAGGGUCCCAAACCAGAGAAAAACCCUGAACCUCACACCCAUGCCCAAAGCCCUGCCUGUGCCCUGGUGGCUCAACCCGUUCCCAGCACCACCCCCAGCUGUAACUACAGUCUUACCCUCAUUCCCCACCCCCAGGGCUCCUCCAGCCCUAUCCCCAACCGUUCCUCACCCAAAGCCACUGCCACCUGCCUGUCCAGCCCGGCCCCUCCCACUCUCAACACCAAAUCCCAAGCUCAAUCCUCAGCCGAACCCACCCUCUUUCUCCUCAUCCCUGCGUGCCUCAGCCCAACCCUGUCCUCGUCUUUAACUUCUCCUAAACUCCAGCCCUGAACAGCCCCAUCCUCAACCCCUUUCUGUCCCAGCCCUGCUGUGGCAUCCAUGCGGGCACCCCACACCCUGGCCCAACGUUCAGACGCCUGGAGCACCUCACCCCAUUUCCUGCUCUUCAGGCAGGAAGCUCCAGUUGAACAAUAAACAGGUGGCUGUCCCUA